AUGAUGCUGAAGCGAUCAGAAGAGGAGGAAGUCACUGAGCAGGCGAACGUUGUUGAGCUUCGGGUGCUCCUUGCGGAUCUUGUAAGGAUCCGGCAUUUCAUCGCCAGCGCACCACGCAUAUUUGUGGUUGUGGUUGACGUAGAGGACCCAUCUUUCAUCUCCAGUGACAAUGGUGUCCAGCCAGUCGAAUCUGCGGCUUCUGGAGAGCAGCUGAGUGCAGAUGUCCAGGCGUCUUUGGCGGUUCCCGUCGCUCAGUGCAUGUGGGAGCCACUGACCGAGCUACUUUUCACCAUUACGAGAGAUCGCAGUCCAUUGCUCACGAUGGACAGCGAAUAG